AUGUUGUUAACAAAUUUUCUAUUUACUAUAUUUCGUAUUAUAACAUCUUUUUACUGUUUGAUUUUGGGAGAACAUUUAUAUAUUCCUCCAUUAAAUGCUUCAAUUCAUCCACUUCCUUCCCCCAACUUUUUAAAAAAUAAAAUUUUAUUGCGUGGAAAGACUUUACAAACAUUUACUAAUUCAUCAACAACAUCUUCAAGAAAUUCAUCAUCAAAAAAGAAAAAUUCAAAAAAUUUGGAAGAAUUUAAAAGAGAAGGUAGUGAAAAGUCUACCUCCUCGCCUCAAUUACCUAUUGACCCUAAUUUUGGAAAAUUAAUUGCUUUGCCGAGUUUUAAGAUAUCUCCAAGCAAUAUUUUUAUGGAUAUUAAAGAACGUUGGUUUUUUUCUUAAAAAAAGGAGGGGGGUGGGGAGACGGAGCAGUUCAACUGACAAAGUCCCGACUCAUCCAAGUCCCGGCCCUAUAACUCAAGUACGGGUUGAUAUUUU